UGGUUGUAUGAAAAGUAUGUUAAGAAAAUCAGACCGAACCUGCCAACUGGUGGUGACGAAUUUCGCUUAACAUUUUUUCAAUACACAUAAUUGUGCGUAUACAUACGUAUAGUAGCGCACUGCGUCGCAUAAUUUUUGUGAAUUUUACGCUUUUUUGAUAAAUCGCACCGGAACAAGCUCGUCUAUGGCGGAGGCGGCAAGUGGCACACAGUCCACCACCGGUCCAAUCGGUGGAAACAAUGGUGGAGUUCCGGCUGCAAAGAACACUGCUGCAACGGUCCCUGGCAAUACCAAUAGUAAUGCAGCGUCGACUGCAGUGAAUGCCACCACGAAUCCCAAUGCGGAAGUCAUACGCUCACAGCUAUUCGAAGUUGGACCACGCUAUCGGGACUUAACUUAUAUUGGCGAAGGUGCCUACGGUAUGGUAGUGUCGGCACUGGAUACAUUAACAAAUAUUAAAGUUGCUAUAAAAAAAAUUUCGCCAUUUGAGCAUCAAACCUAUUGUCAGCGCACAUUGAGAGAAAUCAAAAUUUUAACCCGCUUUAAACAUGAAAAUAUAAUUGAUAUUCGGGAUAUAUUGCGAGUAGAUAGCAUAGAACAGAUGAGAGAUGUAUAUAUUGUACAGUGUUUAAUGGAGACUGAUCUUUACAAACUACUUAAAACUCAGAGGCUUAGCAAUGAUCAUAUUUGUUAUUUCCUUUACCAAAUAUUACGAGGAUUAAAGUACAUUCAUUCGGCGAAUGUAUUACAUCGUGAUUUAAAGCCAAGUAAUUUAUUGCUGAAUACCACUUGUGAUCUUAAAAUUUGCGAUUUUGGUUUGGCGCGUGUUGCCGAUCCGGAGCACGAUCAUACCGGCUUUUUGACAGAAUACGUUGCAACAAGAUGGUAUCGAGCUCCCGAGAUAAUGCUUAAUUCAAAGGGUUAUACAAAGUCAAUCGAUAUAUGGUCGGUUGGGUGCAUAUUGGCGGAAAUGCUUAGCAAUCGUCCUAUAUUUCCAGGCAAACAUUAUCUGGAUCAAUUGAACCAUAUUUUAGGCGUAUUAGGUUCACCAUCAAAAGAAGAUUUAGAAUGUAUUAUAAAUGAGAAGGCUCGUAAUUAUUUGGAAUCGUUAACUUUCAAACCAAAAGUACCGUGGUCACGAUUGUUCCCAAAUGCGGAUCCACUAGCAUUGGAUUUAUUAGGCAAAAUGUUGACGUUUAAUCCGCACAAUCGAAUACCCGUUGAACAGGCAUUGGCCCAUCCUUAUCUAGAACAGUAUUAUGAUCCGGGCGAUGAGCCUGUUGCGGAGGUGCCUUUCAGCAUCGACAUGGAGCUGGACGAUCUUCCAAAAGAAACCUUAAAAACAUUAAUUUUUCAGGAAACUCUUAAAUUUAAAGAACGGCAACCAGAUCAAGCGGUAUAAAUAUAUAUUAGUGUGUAUAGUUUUCGAUGGCGCUUAAGACAUAGUGCAUUUACGUAACAAAAAAAAACUGGAAAAAAAUGUAAAACAAAGCCAUUUCACCAGUCAUCCAGUCAGCCAGCAAGAUUGAGCUAAAUACGCAAUAUCGUGGAUAAUCGUUGAGUCAGACAUUCGUAAUCAACUUAUUGAGAACUCUUAGUGCACACAGUCAGUCAAUCAAUUAAACAUUCAAAUUAACUAACUCUCAAGCACGUUGCCGUUAUUUUUGGCAUAUUUUUCAUUGUGAUUCUCGUUACAUAUACAUAUAUAAAUUGCACUCUUCAUCUUCGUCGUGAUCGUGGUCGUGGUCGUCAUGUAAAAUUAUUUUCUAAACUAAUAAGAUAAAUCAAGUAUUUUAAAUGUUUUCCUGUGUUGUAAACAUUGUUCUUACAUACAAUAGUAAAUAACUAAAACUUACGAGCAUUCAGCAAAUGAAGUAAAACAAGCAUAAGUAGUUACAAAAGUACGUAAAUUUUAUAUCAAAAUUCCAUUUACCAUUUAAAAAGUUGUUUCUUCAUUAGCAAAUUCUAUGCAUAAAAGAGAAAAAUAAUAAUAAAACAAACAUAAAGGAAAAUAUUGAAAGUGAAAUAGUCUUUUCCGUUAUAUUCGUCGAAAUUGUUGAGUGCCGGCGAAAAUAAAUCUAAUAACCAUAUUAAUUUGAAUUAAUUAAACAAAAAAUAAAUAAAUAAAGUAUAAUAAGAAGUGGAUUUGAAGUUAGCCAAAAAAUUAAUACAACAAAUUUAAAUAGUAAAAGGCGUUACAAAAAAUAGCAUAAUUACGAGCAACAAAUGCACGAGAAGAAACACACGAUUAUGAAAAAUGUGAAUAAAUAAAAAAAUGCGAACGUUUUUGUCGUCUAGUAGAAUUUACGUAUUACAUUUUUUUCGCUAAAUUUGUUCAAAUAUUUAUAUUUUAGCGUUAAAAUAAUAAAAAAAAAAAUCUUGAAGAAACCAAAAUAGUGAAAUGAAACUGAAAUGGCAAAUCCAGUAAACAAUAACAAAAAAGAGUAAAGAAAUAAAUAAAAACAAAGCAAAAAAUAAGUACACGAAUGCAUGAAGACAAUGCAAAUGCAAAAAUACUUAAAAUGCAAACAAAAAACGCGAAAAGACAGCAAAUAAAGAUUGCUUUUAGGUAGUAGGAUAAGAGUGAACGCAAAAGGCAUACACAUCAUUUGAUAUGCGUUAAAAUGUAGUGUGUAAAAUAAAGACAAAAAUCAAUCAAUUAUAUGCAAUGGUUUUUUGGACACAUAAAUAUGUUAAUAUAAGCUAUACAUUGUUUCUUUUAAUACCAUUUGAAGCUGUAGCAAACACCGCAACAUGGAUGACAUAUACAUAAAUUACAUGCAUAAACGGUUGAAAUAAGUUUAUUUAUUAAUUUAUUUCUAUAAAAGUGUUCGAAUGUCUAAGAAUAUUUCAAUAGCGCUUUAAAUGAAUUUUGAUUGAUGAUGCUUGUACGGUUGAAAGUUUUAAAUCGUAACACUACCGUAACUAAUAGUUGGCGCAACAGUAUUGAAGGCUUUCUUCAAAAAUAAGCGUUUAAAUGUGCAUAUUGUUAAGCCUCUCAUUUUUUAUAUACAUAAAUCAGUUUGAAUUUCUGCUGUACUUUACUUGCAUUAUAACAAAAUUGUAACCAUUUCUAACAAAAAUAACAUUUAUGUCAGAAACUCAGAAAUGCUGUUGCUAAAGUAAUUUCAAGUUUUUAAAUAAAAUAGUUUUAUAUUUAAAUGUACGUAGAAAGUGGUGCUUAUUGUAAAAUCAUUGUUUUAUUGUAAGAAACAGUUUAAAUGAUUUUAAUUAUAAAAUUAAAAUUUUUGAACAAUUGUGAGUCGCUACCAGCUUUUACACCAUAAUAUGAUUUUUAUAUUUUUACCGUUGUAUGUAAUUAUGUAUGUAGUAUCUACAUUUGCAAAUAAAAACAGCAUGGAACUGUUUCAAAAAUGAAUUAAAGGCGCUUUUGCAACCAAGUGCAGUGUUUUUAACUAAGUUUUUUAGGCAUUAUUCUGCACACUAUCAUUGUAUUGUAUUUGUAGUUUUAACGUGUAUUGUACUUGAGGUAACAUACAUAUAUGUACAUAUAUACAAAGGUACGUGUUAUUAUUUUGUAAUAAUUAUAUGAAAUCUAAUCAGAUCUCAGAAGUAUGAAACACAUUGCUGUAAAAAAGAACAUGUUUCACAAAUUUGCGUAGAGUCAAAUAUACAUGCUUACAUGUAUAACGGUAUAUAUUGCAUUAGCGUUAUUGUUGCUGUUUGCCUAAGUACCUAAUUGAUGUGCGCGCUGCAAGUAAUUGCUCGCAUUUGUCUUUUCUUAUUUUGUGUUUAAAUUUAUUUUUUUCUUAAUUGCCUGAGUGUCACUUUAUAACGAAUUUUGUUGUCUGUAUGUGGUGGAUGCGCCUGUGGUUUUCGUCGCUGUACAUAUACAUACGAGUCGUAUAUAAAUAUAUUUUUCUGUAUAUGCGAUCAAGUAAUGAAUCACUUUAAAGUAAAUUUGCGUAUAUAAUUAAAUACAUUAAAGAAUACAUGUCAUGUUUUAAGAAUCCGAUGUAUUUAUGUGCUACAUGUAGGUUGUAGGCAUUUACAUUAAUACAUUUAAAAAAAACACAAAAGAAAAUACAUACAUACAUAUAUGCAUACUUAUAAACGUAUAUAUGUACAUUCACACAAAUAUUUGGUGACGUGCGUAUGUACUAUAAUAUUUGAGUAUACCUUAAAUACAUAUAGAUAUAUACAUAUUUAUGUAUAAUAUAUGCAUAUUUAAAUAUUUUGCUUUAAUUUAAAUAUAUAUAUACAUGCAUACAACGCGUUUUACGUGUAUACAUUAAAUUUAAUACAUAUAUUCAUUUAAAGAUUUUAUUAUAAUUGCCACUUUGCUUACAGUUUCUAGUUUUACAUAUUAUUAUAAUAUUAUUGAAUGCAAACAUUUAUAUAUAUACAUAUUGAUAUAUAUUUUAUGUAUUUAAAUUUUUAAUUGCUAAAUAUCUAAAAAAUAGUGGUAGAAACUGGACACAUUUUCAACUGUAAUUUGGAAAUAUAUGUACAUAUUGCGAUACGUAAGACAUGUUGCGCCAAAAUCAAGCAAAAACAACAAAGAAUAAAAAUAUUUAAACUCAUAUUUUUUCGCCUAAAACAACACAAAAUUUUUGUUUAUUUUUUAUUAACAUUUAUUACACAUCUUGAAAAUUAAAAUUAUUUAUAUUUACCCAGACAAGUUUCAAAGGUUUUUUAUGUGAUUACUAAUUGCAAAUAUUAAAUAAUAAUUUCACAUAUGGCAGCUAUCAUUCACACAAUACAACAUAAUCGACUUUUUUUUUGGGUAUUGGUCCAAACGAGUUUUUUCCAGGAGAUUGAGUCAUAAUGAAAAAAUUGUAUUUUUCGAUUUUCGAAGUUGGCCUCCAAAAUCGAAAUAUUUUGAUUCGAAGUUCGAAAAAAGGACUUAAAAAAAAUAGUUACAGGAUAUACAUGACUACAAAAAAAUCCAAAAUAUAAAUAUAAUCUUUUGACUUUUCGGUCAAGCUUAUAUGACAGAUGUAGUCCAGUAUUUUUCCAUAUACAUUUUUUUCUUCAAAGUUCAAUCUUUGACUCCUCAUUAGUUUGGUCCAAUACCCAGCCGUGUGUUGUACAGUGUAAUUAAUUUAUAAAAAAAGCUAUAAAUUAGCGGAUUUUUUUGGGAAAUUUUUAUUCAAAGUAAUUUGAGGUUAUGAUAAAUCCAACUGUAUUACUUUUUUAUACCAACCGCUUCAAAGUGCAGCUCGACCCACAUUUUUCUAGUCAAGUCCUUACGUUUCCUUUUUUGUUGUUGUUCCAAAAUACAUGAAUACUCUUUGAAUGAGAAAAUAGAACCGCUGAUCACAUAAGAUAUUCGGAAAAGCCGCCAGUCUUUUGAAAGAGAUUUAAAAAUUGUAUGGUGCCACAGAAAAGUAAAUGUUUAGGAAUAUCUUUUUUAAUUUUUUUAAAUGAAGAUGAGGAAGCAAGCUUAUGCAAUUGGAACAAAUGACGCGCAAACACUAAUGAUCUCAUAUUAUUGUACUGAACUUUAAUAGAGAAUACUUUUCUACGGUUUCUUAGGGAAUAUGUGUUCAACCCGUUCAGUGCCGAGUGUUAACACUGCAUGCCAAAAGAAUGUCUACGAUUGCAUUGUCAUUUACUAGAUUUGUUCAUUAUUUAAAUGUAUGUCUGCCAAUCAUGGUAUUUUCGUUUAAUAUCUCAUAUAGAAUAAAUUAAUAUUCCUAAAAUUAUGAAAAAUAGAUCAUUUUGCAAUAACGGUUUAGUAAAUGUACGGACUUUUUCGAAGCCACUGUAGACCGACCUGCCACCGAAGGCAGGUUUAAAGAAUAUAUGAACGCUCAUAAUAAAAAUUGGGUAGUGUCAGCACAGUUACCAUAAUCUAAAAAAGUUCUGAACUGCUGUUUCUUUAAUUUGCUAAAUUCAUUUCGAAAAAAUUUAAAAUGUCUUAUGUCUUACAGUAAAAACAAAGUAUUAGUCACAUGCUUACUGAUCGGCGUACAUAUAUGUACUAUAUGCACGAAGAAUUAUAAAUUAAACAAAUAAAUGCAUAUGUAUAUACAAAUUCUAACAAUAGGAAAUUGAAUCACUUAAGUGUGCCCUUCUAAAAAUUUAUAUCUAACAAAUUUAGCAAUAUCCUUAAAAUUCUAUAAGCGCGAUGAUAAAAUUAUUAGAUUUUAGUUAAUAAAAAUAUAUAUACUGUAUACAUAUAUCGCUAAUAAAUAGAUAACUUACAUAUUAUACCGCUGUGGUAUGCGAAAUUAAUUGAUAUGGGUUUAAAUACAUGUAUGAAAUAUGGAGAAUUAUAAUUUAACAAUUAAGCAUCAAGCGUACUUUAUUCUCUGUAAUAAUUUUUAGAUAAUUUAGUGGUAUGUCUUUCAAAAUAUUAAUAAUUGAAAAUCGAUAAAAAAAACAAAAACAAAAACAAAUGUGACAAUUGUACACUUACAUAACAGACACACUGUAGUUUAUUAUCUACUAUUCGAUUACUGUACGGUAUUGUAUGUAUUGCAUUGUAUUUUAAUCUUUUUGAUGUUAAUUUACUUCAAUCAAUAAAAUAAAAGAUCUAAAGCAGAUAAAAAAGAAAAUA